GUUCUACUGUCGUCGUUGAUAACCAACCAAAUUACAUCAUUCGCUAGAUGGACGAGGAAUCAGAGACGUGGUGUUGGCAGCUGGAUGGCGGCGAGCUGUAUACCGUGCUGCACGCGGUGUUCGCGUGGCUCAGCGGCGGCGAGCUGGCGGCGAGCGGGGCGGCGUGCCGCGCGUGGCGGCGCGCGGCGCGCGACCCGCUGCUGUGGCGGCGGCUGCUGCGCCGGCGCGGCGUCCCACACGACACGCUGUGCGCGCUGCGGCAACAUUGCCCGACAAUAUCGUGGCGUCAAGAAUAUGUGAACGUUUGUGCUGGUUGGAAUUUAGUCGCGCGGCUGCCGGCCACAGAGAGCGGGGCGGCGGACGGGAGCCCGCAGUGCGGCGGCGGGCCGCUCGCACACGCCGCGCUGGACGCGGCCGGCGGGCGGCUGGCGCUGGCUGGCGAAGAUGCCACUUUCUCAAUUUGGGUACGAAAAGACAACGAGUGGCAAGAAGAGUGGAGUAGUGACCUGCGGACGCGAGGCUGGUCGGGAGUGGUCCGCUCGGAGUGGGCGCAGUCGGGGCCGAAGGCGCCCGCGGCGGGCUCGCGGCUGCUGGUGACGGGCGCGCUCGCUCUCGCCGACCGCUGGGAGCUGCUCGUGCUGCAACGAGAUGAGUGCGGAGCAUACCGGUGUAUGUCGCGCGCGGGGUGCAGCGCGGGCGCGGGCGGCUGCUGGGCGGCGGCCGGCGCGUUCCUGUCGCUGGAGCUGUGCCGGCUCGCGCGGCGCCUGGCGCUCACCGUCGUCUGGCUCAACGCCGCCACGCAGGAAACACAAUCGGAGUACGCCGGUGUGACGUCACCGCUGCUGCGUGUUUUCAACGAAGACAGUGCGCAUCUCACACACGCCCUGGUAGCAGAUGUACCGUUAGAUGCAAUGAGAAAUAUCCUAAGUAAUGCUGAUGAUAGCAUGCAGUCUUUAUCGCCUGGUUCAAUGUAUUAUCUUGCAUCAAUAAAAACAUGUGUUGAAGCAGAAGACAACGUGCAAACCCUAGUGACGGCCAGUCAUGGACCGGGCGGCGCGCUGCGGGCGUGGGCGGUGUCCGCGCGCCGGCCGCCGCCGCUGCUCGCCGCCGGCGCGGGCUCGCUGGCGGCGCGCGCGCUCCGCAGGCGACACGCCGCCGGCGCAGCGCCGCCCGACCCCGCCGAGCCCGACGAGGCUGCCGUGCGAGCCAUGUGCGACCCGCCCGACGCCGAGUGUUAUCUACAUUCUGCUGUACUUGGACUUGUCCUCAAUUCUAGCAAUCGUUGCAUAUGGGCGAGUACGGCGGACGGGCGUGCGUGGUGCUUGUCAUUGCCGAGUCUGACGCGGCUGUGCUCGCUGGCUGGCGCGAGCGGCGCGUGCCCCGGCGAGCCGUACUACCUGCAGCCGGCCGCGUCCGCGCGCUACGUGGCGGCGCCGGGCGGCGGGCGCGGCGGCGCCGUGCGGCUGUGGUCGGCGGCGAGCGGCGCGCCGUGCCCGCGACCUCCGCCGCCCGACGCCGGCCCCGCGCUCGCCUGCCUGCUGCCUCCGCGAGAGAAUGAGUUGCUAGUGCUCGCCGGACACUAUGUGCAUAUAUGGCGAAACCAAGCAACCCAGCAAUCCGAAUAAUAUUUUUAUGUGGAUCAUUUAUAAUAUGCAUUCAGGUCCAGGCCGCGGCCGCCGAGAGCCAGUCCCGCGUCUGCUGCGACGCACGCUGCUCUCCUCCGCAUCCACCGGCCGCCCCUGAGGUACACGGGCCUGCCCUCGCACUCAUGGCACUCCGCGCGGCACUUCAAAGCAUAGCCAGAUUA